CGCUUCCAGACUUCGCCUCCUUCGCUUUCGCCCUCACCAGCCCUGCUUCAGCUCCCACGACAAUUGGCGUCUACCUAUGUUCGCGCGAGCACCAAAGAGGAAAAGCGUUCUCCCCUAGAAUAGCACAGCCCGUCAUUUGGUAUGCCGCUCUUACUUGCAUGCGCCCCGGCAGGCCUCGUGGACGUCAAUUCGGAAGACAGGCAAGGCUGCAGUCGUGCAGGUGUGGUAUGUUGCUCUGCAACUUCACGAAGGACUGCUUCCAUGUCACUCAGCUCCUACAAGUUGUCCUUGUCUCUACUUUCGCGACUCAGAAGGCUUGCCGCAACGAUAAGCACUCUUGGACAUGGCUUACAUGAAGCCUUGGCGUCUUCAUCGAUAAAAAGCAUCAGUGACAACUAUGCACUUCGCAAACGGCAGCGACUGGCUACAGCGUGUAGUGUUCUGGCACCACCAGACAACACCCCCCGGACUAAUUCAGCAGCUGGUGGCUUGAAGCUUUUUGGUGGCGGUCCCUCUCUAUGUCGAGCCUUCUCUAGCGUCCACACGUGAUGUGCACUCGGCAUCCUUGUCUAGAUGUAUGUCCUCGUGGAAGUCGGCAAGGCCUGAUAGACGACCAUACUCAGCCGCAGUAGGGCGCUGUCAUCAGCAAUUCAAGCUCAAUAGCAUAUCCCCUAUGAACAUAAAAGGCCAUACCUCCGUUGUCCAGAAUUUGGAACUCAUCAUUCCAGAGCAUCGCCUCGUCACUU